AUGGUGCGACAAUUUACUCACAAACAAGUGUCGACGCACAACACUGAGAGUGACUUAUACGUCAUUAUCCGUGGCAAGGUCUACGAUGCUACAGCUUUUGCGAUAGAGCACCCUGGUGGCUCAGAUUUAUUGAUCGAUAUUGCUGGCCAAGAUGCAACGGAGGAAUAUGUCGACAUUGGCCAUUCCGAUGAUGCUGAUGAGAUCCUGGAAACACUCAUAGUCGGCGUUUUGGGAGCUGAAGAGAAUUCUACCUCGCCGGAAAAGAAAACGACUACGAGUGACGCUACGCAAAGCAUCAUUACUCCUGGCAACGGGAUCCAAGUGGUGCUAAACCCCGACCAGUUUCAAGAGUUCGAGCUGGUGGAGAAGACGGCUAUUUCGCAUAAUGUUGCCAAAUAUCGCUUCAAACUACCAACUGACGAUUCGAUCUUCGGUCUCCCCACUGGCCAGCACAUAUCCAUCGGUGCUCCUCUCCCACAACCCGACGGAAGUAUCAAAGAGAUCAUCCGCUCCUACACGCCGAUUUCCGACGAUAGCCAACGUGGUUUCUUCGACCUUCUCAUCAAAACAUAUCCUACGGGUAAUAUUUCACGAUUUAUAGACUCGAUCGCUUUGGGCCAAAGUAUUCGCGUGCGUGGGCCGAAAGGCGCCUUCACUUACACACCGAAUAUGGCCCGACAUUUUGGCAUGAUCGCGGGAGGCACAGGGAUCACACCUAUGCUCCAGAUUAUUCAUAAGAUUGUGCGUGGGCGCGCUGAGAAUGACAAGACCGAGGUCGAUCUAAUUUAUGCCAAUGUGUCAUUGGAUGAUAUUUUGUUAAAGGGCGAACUCGAUGCAUUGACAAAAGAAGAUCCCGGCAUUCGUGUUCAUUAUGUUCUGAACAACCCCCCAAGCGGCUGGAUCGGUGGGGUUGGAUUUGCCACUGCAGAGAUGAUCACGAAAUGGCUACCUAAGCCAGCAAGUGAUGUCAAGAUCUUACUAUGCGGACCCCCUCCAAUGGUCAGUGGUAUGAAAAAAAUCACGGCGAGCUUAGGCUACGGAUCAUCACGCCCAGUGAGUAGGCUUGAGGACCAGGUGUUUGCUUUUUAA